ACGGUUAGGUCAUCCCCUUCUUCUUCUCCCUGCGAUUUUUUCCGGAAAAAAAAAAGAACGAAUCAGAAUCCGAUAAGUAGCAAUUGUUUUUUUCAAGACCAAAUUUUAUUGUAAAAUUCUCGAAGUGGGUUCUUCUCGGAUUCUGCUGCUAUGGGUGCGAGUCGCAAAUUACAGGGAGAGAUCGAUCGGGUGUUGAAGAAGGUUCAGGAAGGCGUUGAUGUGUUUGACAGCAUCUGGAACAAAGUCUAUGACACCGAAAAUGUGAAUCAAAAGGAAAAGUUUGAGGCCGACUUGAAGAAGGAAAUCAAGAAGCUGCAGCGGUAUAGAGACCAGAUCAAGACAUGGAUUCAGUCCAGUGAAAUCAAAGAUAAGAAAGUCAGUGCAUCAUAUGAGCAGUCACUGGUUGAUGCUCGCAAGCUUAUUGAGCGGGAAAUGGAAAGGUUUAAGAUCUGUGAGAAAGAGACCAAGACAAAAGCUUUCUCCAAGGAAGGACUGGGCCAGCAACCUAAAACAGACCCAAAAGAGAAAGCAAAGGCAGAGACAAGAGAUUGGUUGAACAAUGUGGUGAGUGAACUUGAGUCCCAGAUUGAUAGUUUUGAAGCUGAGUUAGAAGGACUGACCGUGAAGAAAGGAAAGACAAGGCCGCCCCGAUUGACACAUCUAGAGACAUCCAUUACAAGGCAUAAGGCUCAUAUAAUAAAGUUGGAGUUGAUCUUGAGGCUUCUGGACAAUGAUGAAUUAAGUCCAGAUCAGGUGAAUGAUGUGAAAGAUUUUCUGGACGACUAUGUAGAACGGAAUCAGGAUUAUUUCGAUGAAUUUAGUGAUGUCGAUGAGCUCUAUAGCACGUUGCCAUUAGAUAAGGUGGAAGGGCUUGAAGAUCUAGUCACUGCUGGGCCUCUUGUCACGGGUACCCCAUUGAGCGUGAAGAACUCUUUGGCAGCAUCAGCAUCUCAAGUUCGCAGCAUGAACUUGUCAACUCAGGGUACUUCUGAAGAGAAAGUGGAAGAUGCAACUCCACAGGAUAGCAGUUCUGAUGUUGUUGCAAAAACUCCUCCCAAAAGUGGCACAAGCCUUCUCUCUACAGUUUCAACAUCAGCUGGUGGACAAACAACUUCGAAUGUUCCAGUCACUUCAACUUCUAAAUCUAUUCAAGCUGUUGCAGAAAGCAUCAGCCAUUCAUCUUCACUGGCUGCCAACGAAGAAGAGGCCUCACCAAUGGCUGAUGCUCCUUUAAGGGGAAUCAGUAGAGGUGGUACCUCGACACAGCCCCUACUAAGCAUGCCAUCUUCCAGUCCAGUAAAUGGAACUUCUCGUGGUGUUGCUGCUUCAGCGGCUGAAGUAACAAAGAGAAAUAUCAUGGGAGUUGAAGGCUCCGUCCCGCCUCUAACUUCACCACUAAGCAAAAUUGUGUUGCCACAAACUGUCAAGGCUAAUGAUGGAACUGUCUCUGAUAGUAAUCCUGGUGAUGCUGGUGCUAGCAUUGGUAGAGCCUUUUCAUCCUCUAUUGUAUCUGGUGUGCAGUGGAGGCCGGGAAGCUCCUUCCAGAGCCAGAAUGAAAUGAUCCAUGGGAGAGCCGAAAUAGCACCAGAUCAAAGAGAGAAAUUCUUGCAGCGAUUUCAGCAAGUACAGCAAGGCCAUGGUAACUUCUUAGGCAUACCUUCUCUUUCUGGAGGUAAUGAGAAGCAGUUUUCUUCACAAUCACAACAACAAAAUCCUCUCUUGCAGCAGAGUUCAUCUGUGUCACCCCAUGGUGGUCUGGGAAUUGCUGUUCAGGCCCCUGGUUUUAAUGCGGUUGGUCAUGCUACCUUACAGCAGCAGUCAAAUGCCAUGACUCAAACUCAACGAUCCAGUCAGUUGCCGUCUGUUGCAGAUGUAGAUCAUUCCAGAAAUGAUGAACAGCAGCAGCAAAACUUACCUGAUGGUGCAAAUGGCAUAGCAACUCCAAGGAAUAUGUCCAAUGAGGAUGAUUCUAAAGUACCAUUUGAUUACCCUCUACAGGCAGGAAUGUCGGGGUCCUUGCCCGAUUCAACGCAGGUGGUGACUGAGGAUGGUCCCGAUUUCUCUCCCGGGCUACCCGUGCAGCUUCCCACUCAACCUUCAAGCAGUCUCGGGGUCAUUGGGCGUAGAAGUGUUGCUGAUCUCGGAGCUAUCGGUGAUAACACCAGCGGUUCAUCGUCAGGGCCAACCCGUGAUCAGAUGCACAAUCUUCAGUUGCUCGAGGCUGCGUGCUAUAGACUUCCUCAGCCGAAAGAUUCAGAUCCUCCUAGGCACUAUUCCCCUAGGAACCCAGCUCUAACACCUGCAAGCUACCCUCAAGUACAAUCACCUGUCAUAAAUAACCCUUUGCUCUGGGAACGUUUUGGAAGCGAUGCUUAUGGCAUCGAUACUUUGUUCUUUACGUUUUACUAUCAGCAGAACACGUAUCAGCAAUACUUGGCUGCAAAAGAGCUGAAGAAACAGGCAUGGAGAUUCCAUAGGAAAUACAACACCUGGUUUCAAAGACAUGAAGAGCCAAAGAUUGCCACCGAUGAGUAUGAACAAGGCACUUACGUGUACUUUGAUUUCCACAGCUCGAAGGACGAAACCCAGCAGGGAUGGUGCCAAAGAAUCAAACACGAGUUUGCGUUCGAGUACUGUUAUCUCGAGGAUGAACUCGCUGUAUAAAGCAGGUGUCAAAGAAUCGACCGACCAUUCCAUCCUCUGCAUUGUUUUUCUACAUGUUUUGUUUAUUUAUUCUAUAGUUGAAUUGUUAAUAACUUAAUACUUGUUUUUUGGAUUCUGAAAGAAGUCCUCAUGCAUUCAUGGGGGAAUAUGUUUCUCAUUUAACAUUAAACAGAUUUGUUAAUGUGUUUCUAGAA